AUGUCUCCUCAGGAUCUAACCGGUGACCCUAAAUUUACCGUGUUCAUUCGCCUGCCGUUCCCUCGCGGCGAUUUCGUUGACCCUCCUCCAGUGAGCUGGGAUGCUCGUAAUGAUCGGUUACUAUGGGAUGUCCUAUCUGUGGCCCCCAAGGAAGGGGGAAAGCUCUGUAUGCGUGCCGAAAAGUUCAAUGUUACCCUCCCCUUCCUCCUCCAACAUGUUGCUUGGCUAUAUGAUCGGCGCCUGUCCCAGGUUAGGGCGCAGAUUCGGAGAGUCGGGCACCAGAACCCUCUUUCAGGUCAAACGACAUCCGCCGGUGGUGGUACACCAGGUGGCAGUGUGCCAAUGAACAGGUCUGGCAGCGAUGCUCCGAGUCAACCACCUGGUAUUUCUAACCCCACUGGUUAUUCGUUUGCUACCAAAACACAGCCAUCUGGAGACGCAGUGAGUGCUCUACAGAGACCCUCAAGGCGAAGCUCAGCCGAGAUAGUCCAGCCAAGAGGUAGGGGAGAGUCUCGGGCGGCCGCUUUCUCCCCACUCUCACCACGGCCGGGUGAGGACAGCCCCGAACCGUUGUCGUCAUCAAGCUCGAGCUCGAGCUCUGAGGACGGUGAUCGGCCGCAAUAUAGGCGGUAUGGCAAAUUCUCUACGGUACAGAAACGUGUACAGACAAGGAAAGACGAUGAUGACGACGAUGAAGAAGAAGACACUCCUGCAUUUCUACCACUGGAAUCGGUACAUGAUAAUGGGAAGGGUGCAUCGAUUGGUGACCCCGCAUCGACGUUACGCGAGGUGCCCCCACAGGUCAAACUCCAAGGUCGAAAGGUAUCAGGCGGCACUACACCACCGGUGAAAGAGAGACAGGUCUUACCGGAAUCAUCCACCGCCAGUUCAAGCUCUGGCAUGGCAACGGGAUCGCCUGUCAAUGGUCCGCCAUCUUCCCGCCGCCCCGCCGCGCCUAUCGGGCCUUUAAGCCCACGACGAACCGCAGAACUAGCCGGACGGGUGCCACAUGGACGCGGCGCCCGUCGAGAAGGUAGCGAAGGCAGCCCUAGCAUGGGAAGUAGCUUUAGCGACUUGGAUGGUAUGUUGUAG